CAAAACGCUCCAGUCAGGCCGCUGCACUUCCGGGUUGGUUCUGUGUUUACCUGCGACGACCAUGGCUGCAGAAGGCGACUUCUUAGCAAGAUACCGAGCUGUAUCGAACAAGCUUAAAAAACGUUUCCUUCGGAAGCCAAAUGUCGCGGAGGCAAGUGAGCAGUUUGGCCAGCUAGCCAAGGAGCUAAAGCAGCAGGACUGUCUGCAGUAUGCCGCCUUCUGCAACCUGGCCAUGGCCCGGUGUGAGCAGACUCUAUUUAACGCCCCGGGAGAAGCUUUGGCGCUAACUGACGCCGCACGCCUUUUCCUUUCCUCUGAGAAGGAGAACUACUUUCUGCGCGCGCCGGCCUUUGACGAGCACCUUCAGGCUGCGCUCAACUGCUACAGUUUUGCUAUCAAGGUCUAUGUUGAGAUGAACCAGCCAAUGAUGGCAGCCAGUCUGUGUCUGGAACUUGGCAAUGCACUCAAAGAGAUGAAUCGACCGGGGGAGGCAAUUGUUCAUUACCAGAGGGCCGCGGAGCUGCAGACGCAGAUGCCGGUGGAAGCGCUUCUGUCGAUGGGAGAAAUGGCCUCGUGUAAAAUUCUCACACGUGACUACGAUGGCGCCUUGUCAGUGUUUACCGAGAUGCAGCUCACGUGCCAGGAGAGAGGACUGCAACUAGCGGGCACCAGCACCCCUGUUGGUGCCUUUUUGGACAUUGUGGCAAGAUGCGAGAUCUCCAGAGUCCUACUGCUUAUGCUGCUUGAGCCUCCGCCUCAGAAGCUGCUCCCGGAACAUGCGCAAACGCUGGAGAGAUACGCUUGGGAGUCCUUCGACCCGCACAGUCAAGUGACCUUCCUGCCCGAGAAUGUUUUCCUGCUCCUGCAGUCGGUGGUGAUGGCGUGCCAGGAGAAAGACGUCGAGUCCCUGAAGUCUCUUCAGACUGAGCUAUGGCCGGUGUUGACCGCCGAGCAGAAUCACCUCCUCCACCUAGUGGUCCGGGAGCGCAUCGCCCCGUCUGGCCAAGGCAUUUAGCGGCGUCCUGUCUUCAUCCGCUUCCUCUGGGAACCGUCGCUAACAUCAUGGAAACAUUCCUGCUUGCGACCGGGUCUGUUCUGAGACCUCCACAAAAGCUUUCACCGAGACAAACAACAAAAUGUAAAACGUUAACAUCAUGAUUAUUCAGUGAUUUUCCCCAAAAUGGGACUUCCGCCCAUUUUGGAUCACGCUUGUCCUGAGAGUUGCGAAUAGCUGGAACGUAGUUUGGCUGAGAGGCGAGGUACAACGGAGGCUCGUUAUCAGCCAAUCGCAGGCUACGUAGAGAAAUAAGCGACCGUUCGUACUUACGAUCACACCUACGGACAAUUUAGAGUCUUCAAUGAAUCGAACGUCAUCCUACGCGCAAGCCGGAGGGAACUCAAGCAUAGAGGGAAGAUGCAAAGACGGAGGAGGGAUUUGAACCCCCACCCUCAGAGACGCGAGGCAGACAUUGCCGAGUGGGACGGACGCCAUCUGAUGAGUCUUGAUCUCGAUUUGAUGAAUGACUCGUGAAGAUGUGUUGUUACUACUUGUUUUUAUUGAUUAUAGUGUAUGGCUUCACUCCAA